GCGGCGCGGGCUUUAUGUAAAUCGGGGCCGCGCCGGGGCGUCCUAGGUAGGAUGGACCAGCCCCCCGCGCCUCGGCCCUCACGUCCAAUAAGAAGAGCCCCAGCUUGACACCUGCCUAUAUACAGGCGAGCGCGCCCCCGGCCCGCGCACCGCGCGCACCGCCCGCACAGCCCCACGCCGCGGGCGAGCGAGACCUCGGCCCGCCACCAUGACUUCCAGUAAGAUCGAGAUGCCGGGCGAGGUGAAGGCCGACCCCGCCGCCCUCAUGGCGUCCCUGCACCUCCUGCCGUCGCCCACGCCUAACCUCGAAAUCAAGUACACCAAGAUCUUUAUUAACAACGAGUGGCAGAACUCAGAGAGUGGGAGAGUGUUCCCUGUCUGUAAUCCAGCCACAGGAGAACAGGUGUGUGAAGUUCAAGAAGCAGACAAGGCGGAUAUAGACAAAGCAGUGCAGGCAGCCCGCCUGGCUUUCUCUCUUGGUUCAGUGUGGAGGAGGAUGGACGCUUCAGAAAGAGGACGUCUGCUGGAUAAGCUUGCGGACUUGGUGGAAAGAGAUAGGGCAGUUCUUGCAACCAUGGAAUCCCUAAAUGGUGGCAAACCAUUCCUCCAAGCAUUUUAUGUGGAUUUGCAGGGCGUCAUCAAAACCCUUCGGUACUAUGCGGGCUGGGCUGAUAAAAUUCAUGGGAUGACCAUUCCUGUAGAUGGAGACUAUCUUACCUUUACAAGACAUGAACCCAUUGGAGUAUGUGGACAGAUCAUCCCAUGGAACUUCCCCCUGCUGAUGUUUGCCUGGAAGAUUGCUCCAGCUCUGUGCUGUGGGAACACAGUAGUUAUUAAGCCUGCAGAGCAAACACCACUCAGCGCACUCUACAUGGGAGCCCUCAUCAAGGAGGCUGGCUUUCCACCAGGAGUCAUCAAUAUUUUGCCAGGAUACGGGCCAACAGCUGGAGCAGCAAUAGCUUCUCACGUUGGCAUAGACAAGAUUGCAUUCACGGGGUCUACUGAGGUUGGAAAACUUAUCCAAGAAGCAGCUGGAAGAAGUAAUUUGAAGAGAGUAACUCUGGAACUUGGAGGGAAAAGUCCUAAUAUUAUUUUUGCUGAUGCUGAUUUGGACUACGCCGUGGAGCAGGCUCACCAGGGUGUGUUCUUCAACCAAGGCCAGUGCUGCACCGCAGGGUCGCGCAUCUUUGUGGAGGAGUCCAUCUAUGAGGAGUUUGUGAGGAGAAGCGUGGAACGGGCCAAGAGGCGCAUAGUGGGGAGUCCCUUUGACCCCACCACUGAGCAGGGUCCCCAGAUUGACAAGAAACAGUACAACAAGAUCCUGGAGCUCAUCCAGAGUGGUGUGGCCGAAGGUGCCAAGCUGGAAUGUGGAGGCAAAGGACUGGGCCGAAAGGGUUUUUUUAUUGAGCCCACGGUGUUUUCCAACGUCACUGACGAUAUGCGCAUUGCCAAGGAGGAGAUCUUUGGCCCUGUUCAGGAAAUUCUGAGGUUUAAGACUAUGGAUGAAGUGAUCGAAAGAGCCAAUAACUCAGACUUUGGACUCGUAGCAGCCGUCUUUACUAAUGACAUCAACAAGGCCCUCACAGUAUCUUCUGCAAUGCAAGCUGGGACUGUUUGGAUCAAUUGUUACAAUGCCUUAAAUGCCCAGAGCCCCUUUGGGGGAUUCAAGAUGUCUGGAAAUGGGAGAGAAAUGGGAGAAUUCGGUUUGCGAGAGUACUCAGAAGUUAAGACUGUGACAGUAAAGAUCCCCCAGAAGAACUCCUAAGAAGGCCACGGAGGAGAAUGAAGGCCAGCCCGCACGUCUCCCCCUCUCUGCUUUCUCUGUAGGGCCCAGCUCUCAGGAACACAAAGCUGAGCCACAGUCCUUAUUUAAAGAUUGAAAUGAUAACACAUAGGCCAGGCAGGUUGCUGCACAACUACAGCAAACAGCUGGGCAUGGUUUCUUGGCAUUCUAUAAGGGAUCACCUUAAUGAUACCAAAUACUGGGGAGCGUGGGGUAAAAGCAAGGGGAGGAGCUGUCGGGCACAUCCGGUAUCUCUGGAGUGCGGGAUGGAGGACGGGAGCUGCGUUAUUUGAUGCCUUUGUCACAGAGGGCUUCCUCUUGAGAAAAGGUGACCUUUCCACCAUCUUCAUUUUCCUUCUUCCAGGCUCUCCCCACUCACCCACCCCUCCUUCUCUUCCAAGGAGAUCUCAGCUGACUGAACUCAUUUUGGGGCAGAUGUUUGGGCCGGGAACAAUUUUCCAAGGUUUUGCAGCCAAAUUACCAUUUCAUGUAUCCAUUUCUUCAAAGCAAAACAUGAAAUGGUUUCAGUUAAGAGUCAGACCACACUGAAAAUGCCAGGAGCUGGUACACUACAGAUGUACUCAGAAAUAAGAACUCAGGAUAUUCCUGACCCAAUCUGGUUUUCUUAGAUCCAUAAAUAACACGAGUGAAAAAUCAGGAUGAUGGAGACUGGAGGUCAUCAGGGCAUCAUGUGUAGUUCACAGCUUCUGAGCUUGCUGUAUGGUUUUGUUUCAUGUUGGGGGGUGUGUGGGGGGGUUGUGGGUGUGUUUAAUUCCUUCCUGGUUAUUCUGGAAUAAGACGGGGUAGGUUAUUUUUCAUAGAUAGAUAAGUUCCCUUCCAAAGCUUACUUAGAACCAACCAAAAAACAAUCCAAGUAGGCUUGAGAAUUUAAUAAUGCUGGAUGCUGUGCAGAAAUAAUUCAGUUUCUAGUAUUGGGUGGCAAUUCUUACUAAGUGAAUUGUUUCCAUAGUUGGAAUCUAUAAUGUCUUCUGCACCCCAGCCCCCUGCACCAACACCUGCUACUCCCAGUGCUGUGGGUGUUGCUUUGGCCUCUCCUGCCCUACUAAUGUGCCCUGAGUCCACUGGCAGUAACCUUGGAAAAUCUGGCUAAGCCUGGGGAUGUCCUUUUCCAUUUGCAGAGCUCCAAUGUGCCAUCACUGCCAUGACCGGAGCUCCUCUGUCACACCCAGCAGCUCCUCUACACCCCCUUCUUGCCCCAAGCAAGUGGCGGCCUACAGAGCAGGAGGCGCGAGGUGGCUCAUCUCCCUUCCCUCCCAACCACGCGCUCCUCUCCUGCUUCCCAGCGACGCCACCAGUUUGACGUGGGCAGUGUUAGCUUCCUUUCCUUCUUCCCUCUUCCCACUACCAAAUCCAAGACAGUCUCUUACCUAGAUGCAGAUCAUUUAUUUAAAAGUACCAAACAUAACCUAGAGUAUGUGGAAUAUGGGCAACAUAUAUUUAGCCUUCUGUAUUUGAUGAUUUUCUGCUUUCUAACCACACCGGUUUUCUAUUUAUAACUCUUGUCUAUCCACGAUGUUUUAAAGAAAUCUUUACUUGCUGUUACUUACAAACGACAGUGCGUUCAGCAGCCCGAUGCCUUGAGCCCUGACAGAUGCCGUAUUUCUGAGUUCUGCCACGUGAAUGCCAGGCUCUUCUCCUGUAGCAUGUGUCCAAGUGGACAUACCCAUUAACCAACUAGUUACCUUUGGACUGCAAUAUAGAAUGUGAAAAUGAAGAUUUAUUUCUUUUAAUUUACUUAAAAAGAAACCUCUGUGCUAGCAAUAAAGCAUUUAUAUUGUGUA